CCUAUGAUGGUUGGCCCACUCUGGGUAUGGGUGGGUGCACAGAAGUGUGUGUGUGCAUGUGUGUGUGUUCAGGUGUGGACGUCGGCCUUGGAGCUGGACUCAGAGAGGAGUGAGCGUCUGGACAGUGUGGCAGACAAAGAGCAGAUCAGAGCUCUGAGAGGGGGCCCUGAUUGCUGACCAUGGGGCCAAUGCACUAAGGGCCCCCCAGACAAAAUAUAAAAACCAAAGAGGAGCGGAAAAUAACCAAGAAAAAGAAGAGAAGCAAAAAAAAAAAACAGAGAAAAAGCAGAACAAUGGUUGCAGAGGAAGUGAUAAUUACAUUGUCCGGUGGAGCACCAUGGGGCUUUCGUCUCCAGGGAGGUGUGGAACAUCAGAAACCACUUCAGGUGGCUAAGGUGCGUAAACGCAGCAAGGCAUGCAGGGCUGGGCUGCGGGAGGCUGAUGAGCUGGUGUCCAUCAACGAACAGCCAUGUGGAACGCUAUCCCAUGCCCAGGCCAUGGACAUCAUUGACAGCUCCCCUGGGAUACUACACAUCCGGGUUAGAAGGGUGCCUGCUGGUUUUCAGUCUGUGGUGCUUGUGACCCGAGCCCCAUCUCCCCGUAUAGACAAAGAGUACCGCGCUGCUUUACGUGCCAUGUCACCCACCACCCCCCACCAUGCACCCAUCCGUGAGGUCCACCGUAGCCGCUCCUCCUUGACCAGUGGUUUGACAUCUCCCCCUGGUAGUGAGGCUUACUACGGCGAGACUGACAGUGAUGCAGACGUGGCAGGCUAUGAGAGGCAGCGCCGGCAGAAACGUCGCAGCCCCAGCAACUCCAACCCAGGGAAACCAAUAGGACGAGCCUCCCCUGAGGGCGGGGAAACGUCAGAGAUGAGUGGCUAUGACAGCGCUCCAGAUGCACAUGUUUACCAAAGUUUAUUGGAUGGACGUGGGGGAGAUGGAGAUGGAGGAGGGGGGCUACCUGGGGUGGCGCGGAGGGAGGUGAUUUACCAGCCUCCUGGAAUGUGGUCCUCCCAGACAUCCACUGAGACCUCCUCCAUCAUCUCUUCCGCAGAUGACCAGGGGCCACGGGAUGGAGGUCAAGAGGAGGAUAGUGGUUUUCUCGAGCCAGCCAACGUGCCACUGGUGUCCCCUGAGAGGGCAAAGGAGGCCCUGAUGCUGGGUUCCCGCAGCCAGCUUGUGCCCAUGGUGGGUCCUGUGAAUAAACCCAUUGACGAGGAGCUUACAACAACCUACAUGGAAAAGGCCAAGCAAGCCAAACUGAACCGAGGGGACACACAGCAAGACAAGCAUGUAAAGGAAGCCAAAAGCAAGUGCCGAACAAUUGCGUCCCUACUGACUGAUGCUCCCAACCCUCACUCUAAGGGUGUGCUGAUGUUCAAGAAGAGGCGGCAGCGAUCCAAGAAGUACACCCUCACCAGCUUUGGUAGCGUGGAUGAGGAUAGGUGUCAGGACUCACAAGAGGAGGAUGGAGUAUUUCCUGGCAGCGAAUCAGAGUUUGAUGACGAUGGCUUCUCAGCAGUUCCUGACCCAACUUGGGAUAGUGACUACUUGGAUAUGCUGGAGAAGAGGGCAACUGCAGGCACUGAAGGUCGUGGGGAUGGGGCAGAGGAUGCUCCGAGUCCAGGGCUGAGUGAUACUGCAGGCAAGGGUGCCCAGUUGUUUGAGCAACAGAGAAAGAGGGCUGCUGAACAUGCCAAGAAAGUUGAGGCAGCACAACCACAAGCUCCUCCACAGUCUCAAGUCCAGGAGCAGGCUCAAAUGUAUCACUUGAAUCCUGAGAUACAACCACAGAUGCAACCAAACAUCCAGCCUCAGAAGAUGAUACCACCUGGUCCUACAGCCACACAGCAAGAUAUUUCCCAGGCUCCAGGUCCAGUUGCAGCUCAUGGAAUGUCUAAUGGGGACUUAUCCUUCUCUGCAGUUAGUACAGCUUGUAUGGUGAUGUCACCUCCACCGGUGGCACCCAAACCAGCCACUGCCUCAGUUACUAUUCUGACCAGACCUGCACCACCAGCUGAAACACCAUUACCAGAAUUAUCUGCUAGUAAUGUUCUCAACAGAACAGCACGUCCUUUCACUCCUGGCUUUAUCAGCAUUCGAUCUGCGACUGCCCCUGUAACAUUUCGACCACCAGUCACAAAGACGACCCAGCAUCCUGCCUCAGCAGCUGUUUUGCCACCACCAUUCUCCACUGCCUCUGAACUAAACAUUAAUGCUUCAUCAGUAACAUCUCUACUACCCCCUAGUCCUCCGUCAGUGUUCCCCCCACCAUCCUCUGUACCUCAAGGUCCUUUAGACCUGACACCAGAAGCUCCUGUUACCUUUCACCCUCCAGCCAUCUCUGCACCUCUAGAGAAAAUACAGUCAUCACCACCAAUAACGAUUGUUAAUCAUGCUCCAUUUGCAAAUGUGCCCCCAGUGUGUAUUCCUUCAAUGCCCGUGGCUCAACAAGCACCAAUGGCUUCAGCCCCAGUUCUUCUUGUAUCUCAAUUUCCUGGUUCAGCUGACCCAGUUGCCCCAUUGCCCCCACGUCAAGUGCCAGUGGCUCAGCCACUUUCACCUCAAUUUUCUAUGGCCCCAACAGUGUCAGUGGUCUCCCAACCAGAAGCUGUAGCUCCAACCCCUGUUCCUGGUCCAACAGGUCGUACAGGAAUCUUACUUGAGGCUCGACGGCGUGGUGGCAAACCCAAACCUAUGUUCAAUGUGCCAGAUGUCACAAAGAAAUCUCCAAAUCCUGAUCUAUUGUCUAUGGUGCAGAACCUGGAUGACAGGUCCAGCCGAUACAAAUAUGGCCAAUCUGAGACUCUACAUGAUGGUGCAGAGGAGGAGAAGAGUGGGGAGGUCAGCAUGGGGAGGGCACCUCCUCCAGUGGCACCUAAGCCUAAAGUCAUCCAUGAGGCCCCACAGUUUCUUCAAGCAGGGGGUAAGGGGGCCCAGCUGUUUGCCCGCAGGCAGAGCCGCAUGAGUAUGUACGUAGUGGACACCCCAUCCGAGACCCCUUACCAGCAGGAAGUGGCCUCGCACAGUGCAGCACAACCCUUUGAUUACUCCCCUAAUCCUUCCUUUCCCUCUCAGUGGAAAUACUCUCCGAAUGUCCGUGCCCCUCCACCCAUUGGGUACAACCCACUUCUGGCCCCCUCCAUCCCUACUGGGCCUCAGAGGGAUAUAGGCAAACCAGACAGCAGGGGUAGAGGAGGCUCCCAAAGAGAGGGCAUCAAGGCACUGGAUUUCAUGAGAAGACAGCCCUACCAGCUCAACUCUGCCAUGUUCAACUAUGGGGGUAGUACUGCUAAUCUGUCAGCUAUGCCUUCUUACCAGGCCCAGAGGCAGCAGCAGGGUGACUACACAACACCAAUGGUGGGCAGCUCAUUAACCUCACCUAGGCAGAUCCCUCUCAAAACAGCCCGUGUCUUUGAGGUCAAGCGAUUCUCCACACCCACACCCAUGUCAGCUCCCACUCUGACUCCCAAAGUCAUUGCACCCCGCUCAGCCACUACACUUGGAGAACGUUUGACUCAUUCUGGUAUGAUCUCCCCACCUCCUGUUCCUUUCACUCCAGCCCCAGCCCCUCUCUUUACACCAGCACCAGUCAGUGCCCCAAACCCAGCUUUACCUCCUUCCCAACCAGCUGGACUGCCCAGCCUCCCAAAAUUCUCUACCCCUAUUCAUAACCCUGUGCCCCAUGCAGUCCCUACACCUUACACUCCAGUAUCAUACACCACUGGGCUCCAGACAGCUAAGCAGUUCCAAAGUGCUCCUGAGCUCAGUAUCCUCGCUUCUUUACCCCCACUGAAGCCCGAACCAGUUCAGGCACCCAAACCACGUUUUGUUGCCACCAAGGGAGGCGUCCAACCCCGUGUCUGGAGGCCAGGAGCAAUGUGAAUCAGUUAAUCAUUCACUACCACACUUGGACAUGUACUAAUCAUUUAGUGCUGAAAUAACUAGUUGAUUAUUGACAGAAAAUGAAUUUUGUUAAUUGGUUCAUUGUUUAAGUCAGGAAAAAUGCCAAAAAAAAACAUGGGUUCCAGUUUCUCAAAUGUGACCAUAUUCUGAUUUUCUCUGUUAAUUGAAUAUCUUUAUUACAGAAAACAAUCAUUUUUAAGAUAUGACCUUAGGCUUAGGGAAAUUGUCAUGGACAAUUCUCUCAUCAAUUCAAUGAUGAGAUGAGUAAUGACAGUUAAUGAAAAGAAGCAGCCCUACCUCCAUUCAUUAUUCCUCAACAUAAGUAAUUAGGUAUAAAGUUGAAAUACAACUUUUUUGAAAUAUGUUACAACUUAAAUAAUGGUGGAUCAUUAACAUGUACUUGCUGUUCAAAUUGCUGGUUAUCACAUUUAUUUUGCUGCCAACACAUUUACUCACACAUGUAGCUGAGCGACAUAUACUAGAACAUACUGUAUGCUGUAUAGUCCACCAUAUGCCUGUCCUGGGGGAGGUUUUGUAAGGCUUCUGGAGAUCUCUUUCUACUAAUGUAGUAGAAAUACUAUCUAAACAGAGCCUGUACUGAAUAUUCUUUGAAACUUGAAAUGUCUGAAAGAUGGUGAAAAUGAAUAGUUGUGGUCAUGAUCAUAGGAUUAAAUCACUGAAGAUGUUUGUUGUAGUAUGUUGACAGGUGGAGGAUCAUAAAGCAAAACUAGCAGGCUUUCAUCUUUGAACAUGCAAGUUAUUCAGUACUUGUCCUACUAACUGAUGUGCACAAAAUGUUUUUAUCCACUCUGUCUGUAACAUUAUCAAGAAGAAACCCAUGAUGACCUAGUCUACUUGUCCAGGGGGUUUAAUGAUGCAUGACACAUUGAAAAUUGUAAAAUGUUUUUAAACACCUCAGCUCACUGUGAAACUAUAUGAGAAGACAAGGUUUGCUCUUGCAAGUGUUAGCAAGGUUGUGCCAAAUACCUCUGCUCACUAUAGCCAGAGAGAAAUGCUAUCUUUUUAGCAUGGGUCACAUUCAACAAGUGCCCAGGCUGUCACUGAGUGUACACUUGUCACUGGAUACCACAGCUUCCAAAUGCCACUAGGCAGAACCUCCUUAGUAUGAGUGUGAUCUUUGCAGAUAUAUGUAAAUUCUUAACUUUUAUUAAACAAAUAACACAGAUGAA